CAUCUUUUUUGUAGCUACGUUAUCCUUUUAUUGUGUAUUAACCUUCUCGAUUCCAACCGGAAACAUUGUAAUUAAUUUUCAAUGGUUCAAUACCUCAUCGCAGUGUGGGAUUACACCGCAGAGGGCGAGUUUGAGCUUUCAUUUAAACAAGGAGAAAGAAUAAAGCUUCUUGAGAAACACAAUGACGACUGGUGGGAAGGAGAACUGAAUGAUGAGAUUGGAUUUUUUCCUGCAAACAGAAUUCGGCUAGAAACCGAUCAAGACGUUAAACAAAAUUCUGGGCUGGUUAAAGACCAACCUUUGCGGGAAAUAUCACACGAGCAACAGACAUCGCGUGGGGAUGUUAGCUUGCCACGAGUUGUUAAAUCAGUACACGAGAGUAAAAUUACACACCUAAGCCCAGACUACUCAUUAACUGGACAACGACCUCAAAGUUUUCCUUUCACAAACCUUGGAAUAUCUAGCCAACCUUUUGAAAAAGCAACACACUCUUUGGAUACUCCGCCUGCAUUGGAGUACCGAUCGAGGGAGUCCUCUAAUAAGGGCCGAGGAAUUAGUUUCCAUGGAAGUGCAAGUUUCGAUCAAGAACCUCUUAUUAUAUCUACCUCUGAUGUAGCACCAUCAAAAGAACAAGUACAGCAAACAUCAUACAAUUCUGAUACACUCCCAGAAGGAUGGGAGCAUGCUUAUGACAAUGAGGGAACAAUUUACUACUUUAAUGAACAUACCGGGGAGUCUCGCUGGGAAAGACCAGUGAAUGUACAAAGUUCCUCUGGUAGUCGAGCCUUUGUCCCAGAAAAAGAAGAAAACGCACUAGCAAGCAAGCUUGACAAUAUGUUACUCUCACCAACCACCGGAGAUGAUUUUGGCAUGGUGACCAACUUCCAAAAAUUAAAACCUUCUGAAUUAAAGCAACUGGAAUUGGAUCAGUUGCACUCAGAAUGGAUCCGGCACCAAGGAUUUGUCCAAAUGAAAAUGCGAGCUGAGAAGGAAGAUGGUGGAAAACUAAGUUCCUGGAAGAUGUACUAUGCUGUUCUCUCCAAUGGAUUCUUGUUGUUAUACAAAGAUAGUUACUCAAAGGGAAAGAAACCAGCAAAACCAUUGGUGCCAGUAGGCGGAUUUGAUUUGGACUCUUGUCAUAUAGAUCCAGCAAAUAAACACGAUACCCGAAGAAAGCAUGUAUUUACAAUCACUACUGAGAAGAAAGUCAAGAUAUAUAUCCAAGCUUCCCAUGAGAAAGAGUUUUCUACUUGGCUGGAUACAAUCAUGCGAGAUUUGAUUACGAGGAGAGAAGGCCAAAAAGAGGAGUCUGAUAUUAUUCGAUUGUUGAGAAUGCUGACAUCUGAUUCGAACCAACUAAAGGUCAAUCGAAAAAUGGAAACAGGGAAAGCUCAAACAAAGUAUACAGAAACAGAUGAAAAAGAUCGUAGGUAUAGAAUAAAAACAGAUACAGAUGAUCAUCGAGCAAGGCCGAAAAAGAUAGGGCAUUGGUUCUCAAAGAGUGGUAAGGAAGAUGAAAAGCUUGAGGCACAACAUGUUGUUGGUCAGACAGAGUCUCCUGCAGGCAACACUGUGUUUGGCGGCUUUCUUCAUUUAGAUGACAAUGGAGAAAUACCACGUAUACUACGUCAGUGUAUCAAAGAGGUGGAAGAAAGAGGAUUGGAUUCUGUCGGAAUUUAUCGUAUUUCAGGUCCUGCUUCUACCAUUCAGAAGUAUCGUGCUCAAUUCAAUCGUAAUGAAGAGGUUCACCUUGAAGAAGAGCACGAUAUUAAUGUGGUAACCGGUUUAUUGAAGUUGUACUUUCGUGAAUUACGCAACCCACUUCUCACAUAUGAAUAUUAUGACUGGUUUAUUGAUGCCGCACGAAUACCCGAUUACGAUGAGCGUAUGUUCCGGAUAAAGUCUAUCAUACAUGUCUUGCCGAAAUCAAAUUAUGUUGUUAUGGAGAGUUUGAUGCGCCAUCUAAACCUAGUUUCAUUGCACAGUGAGGCCAAUAAGAUGGAGACUUCUACCCUCGCACUUAUUUUCUCAGUUGGUCUUUUGAGGACAGCUGCCGAAGAUCUCAGCAGUAUUAUGCAAACAGAUCUUCAAAGUAAGAUUAUUGAGGCCGUGAUUCAGCAAGUAGACUGGUUCUUUGAUGCUGAUGAACAAGAGGAAGAUCUGGUCCAAGUAGAACCAUAACAUAAAGAAUAAAAGUACAAAGAUAUAAACACAUAGUUUAGUAAAGCAAACAACCAAAUAAAUGAACAAGAAUAUCAUAUUU